GGGUUUUCUGUCUUCGAGGAGUGCGAAUACCUGGAGAAGGCGGUGGUGGAGCCGCGGAUGCGGAAGGAGAAUGAGCGCUCGAGCUCCCGGCACCACCGCGAGCGCGACGGUGGCGAGGAUGGCCGGUUGUCCAAGAGAUCCAGGACGGGGGAGGAGAACGGCGACAGGGACGACCGCGAUGAUCGGGAUCGCCGGCGCAGUAGCCGGGACGGGGAGGAUCGCGACAAGGGUCGGGAUCACCGCAGCCGCGAGAGGGGCUACAGAGAUCGGGAGAGCGAACGGCGUAGUAGUAGCCGGUCGAGAAGACACGAUGGGGGAGUUGACAGGGAAUUGGAGAGAGCAAGGAGUAGAGAGAGGGCGAGGGAACGAGAACUUGAGAGGGAGAUAAGAGAAAGGGAAAGCAGGAGAUCUAAAGAAGGAAAAGAAUUGAUGGAACCUGAAGCUGAUCCAGAAAGGGACCAGAGAACUGUCUUUGCAUAUCAGAUGCCAUUGAAGGUGACUGAAAGAGAUGUUUAUGAAUUUUUCUCGCAAGCGGGAAAGGUGAGGGAUGUCAGAUUGAUCAUGGAUCAUAAUUCAAGAAGGUCGAAAGGAGUGGGCUAUAUCGAGUUUGAUGAUGUGAUGUCAGUGCCACAAGCUAUUGCACUAUCUGGUCAGCUUCUUCUUGGCCAACCUGUAAUGGUCAAACCAUCUGAAGCUGAAAAGAACCUUGUUCAGUCGACUACCGCAGGGGCUGGAGCCACUGGGGCAGGUGCUGAAAGGAAACUUUAUGUUGGAAACUUGCACUUCAACAUGACUGAGGAACAAUUGCGUCAGGUCUUUGAACCUUUUGGACCUGUAGAGCUUGUGCAACUACCAUUGGAUCUAGAGACCGGUCACAGCAGAGGUUAUGGAUUUGUUCAAUUUGCACAACUUGAGCAUGCGAAGGCAGCUCAAACUUUAAAUGGGAAGUCGGACAUUGCCGGCCAGAUUAUCGAGGUUUCAGCUGUCACGGAUCACGUCCGACCGCAGGAUAGUGGAACUAAUGCUGCUGAUUUUGAUGAUGAAGACGGUGGUGGUUUGGUGAGCCAUUUUUUCGUUAAAUGCCUAUUUUCUUAAAUGUCUUGGAGUUUAUAAGUUGUGAAUUCUUUGCUUUCAUAUAGUCUCUCGAUGCUUCUCAUGCAGAAACUUGACCGCACUGGAACUGCAACAAGUAUUGCUGAGUCACUUGGAGUCUCCAUUGUUAAUGGAGCACUUCUUAAUGCACAGCAUGCUUCAUCCAUUGAGCCUAAUGUGCAGCCCAGUGAAUGCAUAUUAUUGAGGAAUAUGUUUGAUCCAACAGAGACACAACCAGAUUUUGAUAUGGAAAUUCAAGAAGAUGUUCAAGAAGAAUGUUCCAAGUUUGGCUCUGUCAAGCAUAUCUAUGUGGAAAAGAACAGCAUUGGUUCGGUGUACCUCCGAUUUGACAGUGCAGCAUCCGCCGCCAGUUGUCAGGGUGCCAUGCAUGGCAGACCAAUUUCUACCACAUUCAUGAACCAUAAGGAAUAUGAAGCUAAAUUCGGACGUGGUGCCUGAAUUGCUGGAGGGUUACCAACUUCGACUAGUAUCAUAUCCGCGAUGGUGGUGUCGUGAUGGGUGAAAAAUUCAAUAUUGAGAUAUUUCUUGAUUGCUACCAUUAACAACUCACUUGAGGUAUUUCGUUUAAUUUUUGUUUGAUAAGUGAAUUGUAUCUUCAAGUUUAGCUGUAAACACUACACUGGAGCAUUUUAACCCUUUGGGAAUAGUCAACUUCCAUGUUUUCCUCA